AUGGCCUAUGCCUUCGCGCUAUGGGUUCUGUAUCUCUCCUUUCGACGCAGUUCAAAAAGCAAGACCUCGUGUCCCUUUCCUCCUGGUCCGCCUGGGAAGCUCCUCGUAGGCAAUCUUGGACAAGUCAGCGCGGAACGCCCAGAAAUAGACUAUAUGCGAUGGGGGGAAGAGUACGGCUCCGAUGUCAUCCACACCGAGGUCCUUGGCCAGCACAUUAUCUGCCUCAACAGCGCUCAGGCCGCCACUGAUCUUCUUGACCGCCGCGGAUUCAUCUACUGUGACCGACCGAGGUUCAGACUUUUCGAGGUAAUGGGAUGGGGUCUCACUCUGACCUUUCUUAGAUGGGAUUCGAGGUGCAAACUUCAUCGCCGCCUCUUCCACCAAACAUUUUCAUCAUCCAACAUCAAGGUGUUCCGCCCCGCCCAGCUCUUCGAGGCUCGCAAAGCCGUUCGAUCCUUGCUUUCGAAUCCUGCCGACUGGAAAGAUAUCACCCUCCUCAUGAGCACCAGUAUCAUCUUCCGUAUCGCUUUCGGCCAGGAGAUCCAAUACAAGAACUCUCCGUACUGUGACUUGUCCCGCGCUGCCAACGAUGCCACCACAGGAGGUGGCACCCCUGGCUCAGCGCUUGUCGAUCUGUUUCCCCUCGCACGAUACCUGCCCGACUGCAUCAAUAUAUCCCCGUCACUUCGUCAUGCACGUCGAAGUAGGCCGGUCAUCCAAGCGGUCCAUGACUACCCUUGGAAUGCCAACUUGAAGGACAUAGAGGCGGGCACGGCCGCUCCCUCCUUCAUGAAGACGCAUAUAGAAAGAUUGGUCAAAGACCAGUCAGCUGGUAUAGCACAAGAGCUAACACUGGCGGAUAUCAAGGGCGCUACCGGUGCCAUCUUCAUUGCUGGCGGCAACACAACCUGGAGCGCCGUGCAGAGCUGCAUCCUCUUCCUGACGAAGUAUCCCGAUACACAGCGCCGCAUCCAACAAGAGCUCGACCUCGUCGUAGGUAGAGGUCGGCUUCCUGGUUUUGACGACAGGCCACACCUCCCUUACCUUGAACGCUUCAUCAACGAGGUGAUGCGAUGUCUUCCCCUGAACCCGCUUAUCAUCCCCCACAAGAGCCUCCGGGACGACGUUUACCGCGGCAUGUUUAUCCCCAAGGGUUCCAUCGUCUUUGCCAACGCCACGGCCAUACUUACCGACCCAGCGGUGUACCAAGAUCCUCAUGUCUUCGACCCGGACCGGUAUCUUCGCGGUGAACCCUAUCCACCGGCCAACUUUGGCUUCGGAAGGCGGAAAUGUCCAGGCAACUUCCUCGCAUUGGCCUCAGUUUACAUCUUCACGGCCACUCUGAUGGCGGCUUUCAACAUCAAAAAGGCUAUCGGGGUGGACGGAAAGCCUCUAGAGCCCAAGGUCGCAGUGUCUGUUGGACUUGGUGGACAUCCUCAACCUUUCGACUGCGUACUUCGGCCCCGUUCGGAUACGAACGCUUCUCAACUCCUUUCCCAGUACUAAAUGUCGACGUCAGCCUCGUCAAGUUGUUACCGUGGUAUUCCCCGACCGUGCAGGCUCACAGGUCUCAUUUGAAUUUCCCGUCCAUCUAAUCCUACAUUUGCUUGUCACACU